GUAGCUCCACCGCCCUCCGCCACCGUUCUUUCACUGAAUCAGUCAGUCACUCAUGGACGGGAAACACUUCCUCCGCCACCUUUUCCUCUUCUUCUCCGCGCUUCUUCUAUUGGUAUUCACACUCCAGAACCUUCCGCCGGCCAAAAAGACCGACCUACUCGACUGCGCCGCCAGUUCCCGGCGGUGCCCCACUUCCAAGANCCUUUGUGUGUGUAUAUAUAUAUACCCUCGACUGUAGUCCUCGAGGCAGUAGCUCCACCGCCCUCCGCCACCGUUCUUUCACUGAAUCAGUCAGUCACUCAUGGACGGGAAACACUUCCUCCGCCACCUUUUCCUCUUCUUCUCCGCGCUUCUUCUAUUGGUAUUCACACUCCAGAACCUUCCGCCGGCCAAAAAGACCGACCUACUCGACUGCGCCGCCAGUUCCCGGCGGUGCCCCACUUCCAAGAACGGCUUCCAGUCCCAAACACACGGCGUCCUCAAGGACCCCGCCAAGUCCACCGGCCACCGCGAGGACGACGCCCCGCGCCACCCGCUCGACCCGCUCACGGUCCGCGAGCUGAACCGAGUCCGCGACGCCGUGAGAUCCUACGGGCCCUUCCGGACGGCCCCGUACGCCCUCCACUACGUCACCCUCGAGGAGCUUGAGAAGCGGGCCGUCCUGGGCUGGAUACCCGGCGGCCCGCUUCCGCCCCGGAGGGCGUCCGUGGUCGCCCGGGCGGGCGGGGUGGUGCACGAGCUCACCGUGGACGUGGGGACAGGCGAGGUGACCCGGCACGAAACGGGCCGCCAUUUCGGGUCCCCGAUGUUGACGAUCGAGGACAUGGUGGCGGCCGUGGCGGCGCCGUUGGCCAGCGCGGCGUUUAACAGGACGGUUGUGCAACGUGGCGUUGAUCUGGCUGACCUUGCUUGCUUGCCUGUGUCCUCUGGAUGGUACGAGCGCAAAAUUGAGGACAAGAGGAGAUUGAUUAAGGUACAAUGCUACAGUAUGGAGGGAACUUCCAAUUUCUACAUGAGGCCUAUUGAAGGAUUAACGGUCCUGAUUGACUUAGACACCCAAGAAGUCCUUGAAAUCUCAGAUGAAGGGAAGACCAUCCCCGUCCCGAAGGCCGCCAACACGGAGUACCGCUACUCCGCUCGGAGCGUCGGUGCCAGAGCAGUUGAGCUUGACCUGAAACCGAUUUCCAUCGAGCAGCCGAUGGGCCCGAGUUUCACGGUGGACGGCCAUUUGGUCCGGUGGGCGAAUUGGGAAUUUCACGUGAAGCCCGACCCGAGGGCGGGCGUGGUCGUAUCCCGGGCCGUGGUCCGGGACCCGGCGACGGGGGAGAUGAGGAGCGUGAUGUACAAAGGGUUCACGUCGGAGCUGUUCGUUCCGUACAUGGACCCGAGCGACGCGUGGUACUUUAAGACGUAUAUGGACGCGGGCGAGUACGGGUUCGGGCUCCAGGCGAUGCCGCUCGACCCGUUGAACGACUGCCCGAGGAACGCUUAUUACAUGGAUGCCGUCUUCAACGCCGCCGACGGAACGCCUUACGUCAGAUCGGAUAUGAUUUGUAUCUUUGAGAGCUACGCCGGCGAUGUCGGGUGGCGCCACUCCGAGUGCCCCAUCACCGGCAUGAACAUUAGGGAGGUACGGCCGAAGGUGACAUUAGUGGUGAGAAUGGCUGCAUCCGUGGCCAACUAUGACUAUAUCGUUGACUGGGAAUUCCAAAAUGAUGGACUUAUCAGGAUUAAGGUUGGGCUAAGUGGCAUCUUGAUGGUGAAAGGCACACCAUACUUGAACAUGAACCAAGUCAAUGAGGAAGAGUACCUCUACGGCACACUCUUGUCGGAAAACGUGAUCGGCGUCAUCCAUGAUCACUACGUCACGUUCUACUUGGACAUGGACACGGACGGGACCGACAACUCGUUCGUCAAAGUCAACCUUAAAAAAGAACGGACGUCCUCGGGGGACUCGCCGCGUCGGAGCUACAUGAAAGCGAUACGGAACGUCGCAAAGACAGAAAAGGACGCGCAAAUAAAGCUGAAGCUCCACGACCCUUCAGAGUUCCACGUGGUCAACCCUAACAAGAGGACCCGCGUUGGGAACCCUGUAGGGUACAAGAUUGUCCCCGCGGGGACCGCGGGAAGUCUGCUCGACCACGACGACCCACCACAAAUUAGAGCCGCGUUCACGGAUAACCAAAUCUGGGUGACUCCGUAUAACCAGAGCGAGCAGUUUGCGGGUGGCACGUACGUGUACCAAAGUCACGGCGAUGACACCCUCGCAGUAUGGUCCGAAAGGGAUCGUGAAAUUGAAAACAAGGACAUUGUGGUGUGGUAUACGUUAGGGUUCCAUCACGUCCCGUGCCAGGAGGACUUCCCGAUAAUGCCAACCGUAACGUCAAGCUUUGAUCUAAAACCGGUGAAUUUCUUUGAGAGCAAUCCGAUUCUCGGAAUCGCGCCGAAUCAAGAGAAAGAUCUGCCGGUGUGCAAGGACAUUGCUUCUGCUUGAUUAUAUAUAUCUUACGAUUUGAAAAAAAACAAAAAUUCUCUAAAUUUGAGCUGUUGUAUGCUCCGUUUGGUGUAAGGUUUCUUUAUUUCAUAAACCAUAAAUAAUGCUAGGGAACAUCU